GGCCGUCACCUAAUUGUGCUCCUGCCGGCAACCUCUCUUUCUUUCUUGCCGAGAAGAAAAAUCGUGGGCAGGAGCACAGGAGGCGAGGAGCUCGAGGGCACCCCGGCCACCACCACCGACUUCGACCUCGACAGAGGAAGGCCAGCCAGCCAUGGAUGCUUCGGUCCUCAACAACCCGCGGCUCAAGGCGCUCAUAGAGGAGGAGAGAACGAAGGCCUUGACAAACGAGCUCGUGGCAAAGCUGACUCAUGUUUGCUGGGACAAAUGCGUUACUGGGAGCAUCGGAAGCAGCUUCAGCAGGAGUGAGGCCUCGUGCUUGUCCAACUGCGCGAAACGCUUCGCAGAAGUGAAGAUGAUGACCAUGCAACGCAUCACCGAGCGGUAGCUCAAGUCACAUCGGCGUUUCUCUACAACUAAAAUUCUUGUAUCCUCUGGAGUAUCCAAAUGAAGUACAAGUGUUCUGCUGUAGCACGAGUUCUGUUAUCCUUUUUCUGGCAUACUAUUGUUGGUGAAGUUGAUAGAAAGGCAUGCCCAAUGUAGUACAAUGUUCUGUUAGUACUUCUCUAUGUUUUAAGCUGGAGUGAAGCAGAGCCUACAAAAUGCGUUCUAAGGUAAUGCGAGGUUGGAUUGAAAUGAUCAAGAGCUGUUGUGCAACAACGCCUCCAAAUUUACCAUUCUAUCCUGGCUACGUCAGCUAUACCGCUGAUUCAUCUUAUCAACUAUUCAAAUUUUACACUUUUUUAGUUGUUUCCAGCAAAUUCCAGAGGCACGUAUCUCAAGGAUUAACCAAGUCUAACGGUGGAGAUUGGAUUCACUGUUUUGUUUGGUGAGAGCCUGUCAGCCAGAGAUUAAUGAGCGGUGACAAGACUGCCUGGUGUCCCGUGUUCGUAUACGUGUAUAAUCCUGAGAGAAGCGAGCUGAACGAGGAGCAACUUUCCACCACUGUGCCAGCGCCCUGCGCCCGGCUCCUUUUUUCUUCCUACCUUGUGAGCUCGGAAGGAAGACUCCGUGCAUUGUUAGCUCCGACGACAUCCCCAAGUGGAACUACCAGGAGUUCACCAUGAAGAACUCGCAAGAUGAAUCAGAAAAUGACGAUCAAGAGCAACCAUUGGACAUGAAGCCUUUGCGGUCAUUAGCUCCAAUGUUCCCGACUCCUCUGGGAUAUGAUGUGACAACCCAGUCAACUGAUCCCAUACUAGUUUUUGUUACGCCAUUCAGGCCGCCCGCCGCACCAGAACAAUCAGCAGCGUCAUUUGGUCAACCAUUACCAAAGUCACCAAUUCCUAUGAAGGCUACUCCAAUCUCAGCAGCAUUUCCCAUUCCGCGACAUGAAUAUGAAUCAUCGGAUGAAGACUACAAGCCCUUUUCUGAUCAUAAAAAACCAUCACAGAAUACAACCAAGAGGACUCAACAGGCUGGGUACUCCGGUGCAGCUAGCAUCAAGCGCAGGUCAACUAAGAGAAGCCUCAACAUAGAACUCGCCUCCUGUCCAUCCUCGUCAAGCAACCCAAAUGAAUCAGUUGAAGAAAUUAUGAUGAUGUUUGAUUCACUUCGGCGCCGUAUACUGCAACUAGAUGACAAGGAGGACGCAGGCAGGAGGGCUGACUUGAAAGCUGGUACUCUCAUGAUGCAGAAUGGCCUGAGGAUCAAUAACCUGAAGACCAUAGGACCUGUACCUGGUGUUGAAAUUGGAGACAUUUUCUUCUUCAGGAUUGAAAUGUGCAUUGUAGGUUUACAUGCACCUGCAAUGGCUGGCAUUGAUUACAUUUCCGCUAAGCAUGUUGGAAACAAUGAUACUCUGGCUGUCAGCAUCAUCUCAUCUGGUGGUUAUGAGAAUGAUGACAAUGACAUGAACAUUUUGGUGUACACAGGCCAGGGAGGCAAUAGUCGGCACAAGGAGAAGCAUGAUCAGAAGCUUGAAAGAGGUAACCUCGCUCUCAUGAACAGCAUGAAAAAGAAAAACCUGAUCAGGGUUGUGCGCAGUGAACAAGACCCUUUCUUAAACUCGGGAAAAAUUUACAUCUAUGAUGGACUUUAUCGGGUCGAAGAUUCCUGGAUGGACAAAGCAAAGAAUGGCUUUAGUGUGUUCAAGUACAAGCUGAGAAGAGAGCCAGGACAGCCUGAUGGAAUUUCAGUUUGGAAGAUGACUGAGAAGUGGAAAGCAAAUCCUGCGACAAGAGACAAGGCUAUACUACUGGAUUUAUCAUCAAAAGUGGAGAACACACCUGUUUGCCUUGUCAAUGAUGUUGAUGAUGAGAAAGGGCCAAGCUACUUCAACUAUGUAACUGGAGUGGAAUAUUUGAAGCCACUUAGCAAGACAAAACCAUUACAGAGCUGCAAGUGUCCUAGUGUGUGCUUGCCUGGUGAUCCUAAUUGUUCAUGUUCACAACUGAACGGUGGUGAUCUUCCUUACACCUCCUCUGGAUUGCUUGUGAAGCAUAUUCCAAUGCUUUAUGAGUGCUCUUCCAGAUGCCAGUGUUCUCAAAAUUGUCGAAACAGGGUCACACAGAAGGGUGUUUAUCUGAACUUUGAGGUCUUUUGGACUGGGGAUUGUGGAUGGGGUGUCCGGUCUUGGGAUCCCAUUCGUGCUGGCACAUUCAUCUGUGAGUAUGCUGGUAAAAUCAUUGAUGAAACAAAUAUGAAGAUGGAUGCAGAGGAAGAUGAAUAUACCUUUUGCACAUCAUGGCCCACUGAUAAGGCUUUAAGAUGGAACCAAGGAGCAGAAUUACUGGAAGAUGCAAGUGUUAAUGUCACAACUGAGAGACUAAAGAAAUUACCUAUUGUCAUAAGUGCAAAAAGUUCAGGCAAUGUGGCUCGCUUUCUGAACCAUAGCUGUUCUCCAAAUCUCCUUUGGCAGCCUGUACAGUACGACCAUGGUGACAACAGUUACCCACAUAUCAUGUUUUUUGCAAUGAAACAUAUUCCUCCCAUGACUGAAUUGACCUAUGAUUACGGAACAAGAGGAGCUCCUCCUGGUAUUAAGGGAAAGUUUCCAAAUGCACCAAAACUCAAGCCAUGCCUCUGUGGCUCUACCAAUUGCCGAGGUUCUUUCUGAUAGAACUGAAAUACGUGCUGGGAAUGCACGAACUAAUGUACCAAAGCAGGUUGCAGUGUUCCUUUGGGCUUAUGCAAGCAGGGACUUGUUUUGUUAGGGAUUUUGGUUUCUGCUGCUACUGGCAACGGAGCAGACAGGUAGUAGGUUGAAAUGCGCGUUGGUAGUCAGUGAGGCGCAUAGCUUUUGUGGCAGUGUGUAUUUUGUGUAAUGCAUGACUGGAAUAUUCUAGUUUAGGAAGAAUGUGUUACCCGACUGUGGAAUGCCAGUAUGUGGUGGCGUGUACAUCUUGCGCUACCAGCUGUUUUAAGUAAUGUAAUAUAACAAAAGGGUCACUAGAUGGCUGAUGGCUCA